AUGGUGAUGUCCCAGGGCACCUACACCUUCCUCACCUGCUUCGCGGGCUUCUGGCUCAUCUGGGGGCUCAUCGUGCUGCUGUGCUGCUUCUGCAGCUACCUGCGGCGGCGGGUGAAGCGGCAGCAGGAGGAGCGGCUGCGGGAGCAGAGCCUGCGCGCGCUGGAGCUGGAGCCGCUGCACUACGAGGGCUACGGGGGCAGCCCCCCCGGCAUCGCCGUCCCCCACCGGCUCCGCAUGGAGCCCCACCACCACCACCACCACCACCCCCACAUCCCGCCCCCGCGGCCCUGGAGCUGCCGGCACGAGUCGGACCUGUCGAAGCCGCCGUGCUACGAAGAGGCGCUGCUGAUGGCGGAGCCCCCCCCGCCGUACAGCGAGGUGCUGAUGGACACGCGCGGGCUCUACCGCAAGAUCAACGCGCCCUUCCUGAGCCACGAGCGGCUGGAGAAGCAGGAGCAGCCCCCCAGCUACAAACCCCUUUUCCUCGACGCCGGCUACGGCUCGGCGCUGCACCUGCCCCGCUCGGCCAGCCCCGGGCCGGCCUGCCCGGACCUUUACCUGCAGGCAGAGUGCUCCCCGCGCAUGUUCCCCAGCUGGACGGACUCGGAGCUCAGCAGCAGGGACACCUACGAGCCGGGGCCGUGGCACCUCCCGGUCUCCAUGCCCCUCUUCGGCAGGACUACGGCCGUCUAGGGGUGGCCCCGGGGGAGCCGCAGCCGCCUGCGGGUGUCCCCCCGACACCGGGGGGGCUCGGCCACCCGCUGUUCCCAGGGAUGACGUCCCCGUCGCGGGCCAUCGCCGCCAGCGCGGAAGGGGCUGGUUCCCCGUCUCG